CAGUUCACAUUUGUUUUGUUGUCAAUCAAAGUCUUGAACACAAGUGCUCUUAUUUAUUCAUUAUUUAUUAAUAUCCACAUACAAUUGAAAUCAGUAACCCGUUUUCUUCUGUGUUGGUGCAGAAGUGAAACGUUGACUCAUUAGUCAUGAACGAGGCAGCAGGUCGUGUGAUGAUGAGUUGGGGGCGUUUACCCUCCUGAGGAGGUUAAGAGAGGCGAAGAGGCUCAACGGGCUCAAUGUGUUCAGCCACGUCUCUCCUCCAGUAUUAAGUGCACGAUGCUUCUAAUUCUCUGUUUGCUUAUUGAAUAAUGGUUGAUUUCUUUUAUCUGCACACAAAGCCUCUAAUAACUGUGACAGAGCUCGAGUGCUUGAUGAUGACGAACUCCACGCAGGUUUCAUAUUUCACAUUAAGUGCCUACUUUGACACUGGUGUUCUCCGAUAUUUCUACUUUUUCAUCAUCCUGUCUUUAUAUGUGUUAAUAGUUUGUUCCAAUGUGCUGCUCAUUGUGGUUAUCUGCAUGAACAGAAGCUUACAUGAACCCAUGUACCUUUUCCUCUGCAGCCUGUUUGUAAAUGAGCUGUUUGGUAGUACAGGCUUGUUUCCAUUCCUUCUGGUUCAGAUCCUCUCGGACAUUCACACUGUUUCUGCUCCGCUUUGCUUCCUGCAGAUCUUCUGUAUCUAUUCCUACGUGUGUGUAGAGUUCUUGAACUUAUCCGUCAUGUCCUAUGACAGAUAUCUUGCUAUCUGUUAUCCUCUGCACUAUCAGGCGCGUAUGACCCCUCAGAAGGUCUCCGUGCUGAUUGCCCUUACCUGGUUAUUGCCCGUCCUUGCGAUCCUGGUCCUGAUCUCACUGAGUGCCCCUCUGAGGCUGUGUGACAGCGUCAUAGACAGAGUUUACUGUGGAAACUACGCAGUUGUGAAACUGGCGUGUUCUGACACCAGAGUGAACAACAUCUACGGGCUCCUGUACACCGUCGUCUCCCUCAUCCUCCCGCUUGUUCUCAUCCUCUUCUCCUACAUGAGGAUCCUGAAGGUUUGUUUCUCUGGUUGCAAACAGACCCGGCAGAAAGCCGUCGGCACCUGCUCUCCUCACCUCGCUUCCCUGCUCAACUUCUGCUUCGGCUGCUGCUUCCAGGUGCUGCUGAGCAGGUUUGAGGGCCGCGCCGUGCCCCCCGCGGGGGCUAUUGUGCUGUCGUUGUACUUCCUGACCUGUCAGCCUCUCUUCACGCCGCUGCUGUACGGCCUGAACGUGUCCCGGAUGCGCCUCGCGUGUCGGCGCCUGCUGCUCGGGGAGACGCAUGUUGGUUAGAUUCACCGUCGCAGGCAGGUUGUGACUGAUCAGCGUUUAACUUUAAUCUCUGAGUGUUAAAGACAAAUAAGAGUCCUUUCACUUUUUAAAUGUAGCUGUUGUUUGUUUAAUGUUCUGGUGUAAAAUAAGUUCAUUUAACUGCCACAGGAACACGAGCUGGAUGCAAAGAACAUCCAAAGGGUUUCACCUCUUUCUUCUCCUCAAGGGAAGUUUAGCUGAAACUGAGAAAAGUACACGAGCCGCAACGUUAGAACUUCAAACUGCAUCGUUGUAUUUUCUGUCCGUCAGCGUGUCCACAGCAUGUUCCAUGUGGGGGAGAAACAACAGAGAACAAUAAAGGUUCACUUCAGUG